GACGUGAGACGCGGUGACACAGGAAGAGGCGCAGAAGGGGAAAAAAAAAGAAAAACACACAAGUCAAGAUGGCAGCCAGCUCGGACCAUGGGCUGAAAGGAAUAGUUUGGAAAAGAAUAAAAGAUACAAUUAUUGCAGACUGCCGAAAAUCUGACAUAUGGAAGAUAAUGAUGUUGGACUCUUUUACCACCAAGCUCCUCUCAUCAUGCUGCAAAAUGUCAGAUCUGAUGGCAGAGAAAAUAACAAUUGUGGAGGACUUGUUCAAAAUCAGAGAGCCCGUUCCAGACAUGAAGGCCAUCUACUUCAUGACACCCACUCCUAAGUGUGUGGAAGCCUUUAUAGAUGACUUCAAGAAAAAACCCAAAUACAAAUCGGCAUAUGUUUAUUUCACAGACUACUGUCCGGACGACCUCUUCAACAGCAUGAAGCUGCACUGUGCAAAGUACAUCCGUGUCUGCAAGGAAAUAAACCUGUCAUUCAUGCCACAGGAGGCACAAGUGUUCACGUGUGACUCUCCCGGAGCUUUCCAAAGCAUCUACAGUCCCAACAGUCAGGACAAAAAGAAGACCCUGGAGACUCUGGCAGACCAGCUCGUCACACUCUGCGCCACGUUGGACGAAUACCCCGGCGUCAGAUACAGGAAGGACAGCAACUUGGACAACGCCAAGACCCUCGCAGAGAUGGUGGACAGCAAGCUGGCAAGAUACUACGAGCUGGAUGACAGUGGUAAGAAAAAGGGAAAGACUCAGGCCCAGCUGCUCAUAGUAGAAAGAAACUUUGACCCUGUGAGCCCCAUUCUGCACGAGCUGACCUACCAGGCCAUGGCCUACGAUCUCAUCGACAUCCAGAACGAUACUUACAAGUACAAGUCUAAGGACGGCUCGGAGAAGCAGGCCCUGCUGAACGAGGACGACAUGCUCUGGGUUAAGCUGAGGCACAAGCACAUCGCCGAGGUCUCAGAUCAAAUCCCCAAGAUGGUGAAGGAAAUAUCUGCGAGCAAGAAGCAGCCAGAUGGGAAGAUUACAAUUAGCAAUUUGGCCCAAAUGAUGAAGAAGAUGCCUGCCUUCCGCAAACAGCUGACCGAGAAAACUAUUCAUCUGCAGUUGGCCGAGGACUGCAUGAAAGAUUUCUCAAACAAUGUGGAGAAACUCUGCAAAGCUGAACAGGACCUCGCUGUAGGUUUAGACGUGGAAGGGGUGAAGGUGAAAGAUCCCAUGAGGACUCUGCUCCCUGUGCUGCUCCACCAGUACAGUACCCACGACAAGAUCAGAGCAGUGCUCCUCUACAUCUUCAGCCUCAGCGGAACAACAGACGAGAACUUAAACAAACUUAUCCAGCACGUUAAGAUCGAAGAAGAACGCGAGUUUAUCCUGAACUGGAAAGAACUUGGUGUCCCCAUCAUCACCGCGCCUAGUAUGUUUUCUCGCAAACCAACCCGACGGGACCGUUCCCAGGAGGAGAGGUACAACCUUUCGAGGUGGACCCCUGUCAUUAAAGAUGUGAUGGAGGAUGCUGUGGAGAACAAACUGGACGCCAAAGAAUGGCCGCACGUGUCCGAGUGUCCUGCCGCCUGGAACGGCUCUGGCGCUGUCAGCGCCCGCCAGAAGCACAAAGGCAGCGCUCAGGACGACCGCCGCACCGGCUCUCGCCUCAUCAUCUUCAUCGUAGGAGGAAUGAGCUUCUCUGAGAUGCGUUGUGCGUACGAAGUCACCCAGGCGGUGAAGUCCUGCGAAGUCAUCAUAGGGUCUUCUCACAUUUUGACUCCCACCGGUCUCCUGAAGGACAUCAAGGCCCUGAGCAAAGGCCCGAUGGAAUCCUUUACAAUAGAUGAGAGGAGCAACGCCUGAGGAACCUCCUCCACCUCGCAUCUUCCGCCUUGAUCCUCUGCAUCUCAUAUCACUCAGUGUUCUGUCCUCCUGAAUGUAACAUAUAAGGGAAUUAUGUGUCUUUUCAAACCUGGUCCACAUUAGCAGUAGUAGGUAUGAGAGCACGCUCUUUGUUUAACUUUGGAUUCGUUCACUAAUUUUUCACCAUCUUCAUCCCGUCAUUUUACGGUAACAGUCACGUUAAACUUCAGCUGACUGUAUCUUACUAAAAUCCCUUUAUGUUACAAGUGUCUAACCUGCUUAUUUGUUUUUGCGUCUGCCUUUAAAAUGGUGCUGUUAAGGAGCUGAAUGGUCUCUAGGAGCGAGACUAGUGGUGGAAAACAGCACAAAACUGAUGUAUAUACUGUAUGUACUCACGCCCUGCUUCACCUUUUUGACUUUUUCCGUCAUCGCUGUUUAUAAACACCUUAUAUGUAAUUUGAAGAGUGUUUUUAACAUAAGAGUAUUUACGUUUUGAUUACACUGAACAACUGACUAAUAAAUGGAUGAAGUGGUUCAAAUCUUU